GGUUGGCGAAGGCGAUGGACUUCCUGGAGCUUCUGCCAGAGGGGGAAGAGCGGAUAGCAGUUCUGGCCGAUAUUCAAUUUCGACUAGCAGCCGUACUCUGCUCGGACUACUGGGCAGCCUCAUAUCCAGCCGCAAUCAGCUGUCUCGAGCUCGCACGUUUCCUCUAUUCUGCAGUGGGAGAUAACCGGGGGGCAACAGGAGCGCAGACCACGAAGCCGCUGAUAUAUCAAUACUGGAUCUAUGGAGUGUGCAUCGGAAAGGGAGUGCCUUCUCAUGACGUCGUCGACGUAGAGAGUGUUCUCAACAAAACCUUGGCGGCUUGGGAACAUGUUGAGAAGAAUCUCCUUGACUAUGGCAUGAGCUUCCAACUUGUAAAGUGCCGGUUCGACAAGGCACUGAUUUGGGAGCAUGCGUACCAACAAGGCCAAGUCGAAGCCCUCCAGUAUGCACUCGAAGAGCUGGCUGCGGCCGAGGAUAUUCUGAACCGGAUAUGAAGCGACAUGACCAUUGAGGAGGAAGGGGAAACUUUCAGGUACAAAGCCGCGUUGGUGGAACGAACAGCAUUGGUCUGUGAACUCGGCGUCAGUCUCAGUGUUGAAGCGGGACAGGUUGGGGACGCCUGGGACUGGGUUCAAAGGCGUAAAGCGCGAGCCUUUUUCGACCUACUGAGCAAGUCCGCAGUAUUCGGAAAUCCGUCUUGCGAUAGGUCCGCUUCAGAGACAUGGUUAAGGAGUCUAGCACAGAGACUAGGAGUCGGCCCCUAUAUUGGGAAAGACGUAACCAAGAAGUCGUUUUUGGCAGCGACUAAAAAGCCCGGUUUGGCCAUCUACCAUGGCCAUGCAAGGCUCGAUGCCUCCCACCCGCUGCAACCAGCCCUGGUUCUUAAUCCGGACGACGUCGCCGAGUUCUCCAACCGCUACCUGACAGCUCGUCAAAUAUUGAACACACGUCUCCAGGUUGCGCUCUUUGUCAUGAUUACCUGCGAAUCCGCAAAACAAGAGCUUCGGGCGGGAGAGGAGCCCUCAGGUCUGCUGCCGAUGCUGAUGCUUGCCGGAGUGACCUCGGCCAUCGGCACCUUGUGGAAGUGCUCAGACAUAGUCGGGAAGGAGUUCCUCGAAGAACUGUUUGCCGACCUUCCAGCACUACUCAGCACCAAGGGAGCUAGUUCUGUCUCUGGCGGUGUACUCUUUGACGUUGCCAAAGCCGUGCAGAAAGUGACCUUAGCCGUACGGAGGAAGAAUCCGGCGCCUUACUUCUGGGCUCCGUUCGUGCUGUAUGGGGGUUGGGAGUGCCGGAUUGAAGAUAGAUAGAUUAAGCACAGGGCUAAAACGAGACCAGGUUCGACACACGCUCUUUGGUUAGUACAG